AGAAAUUCAAUAAGAGUUCGGCAACAUUUCGGCAAUUUUAGCAAGACGGCGUUCAAAAAUGUAAACAAAGCCGCACGCAGACCAAGACACGUACGAGGCUGGUUAGAGGUCACACAGGGUCAAGGAUGGCCGCGUCCCAGGUGGUUCAGAAUGCGCUGGCCCGUAAAACUGCUGGUCACUCCCUCCUGUGGGGCACCCGGUCUGCGUGUUUUUUGGGCAUACUCAUGGCUGUGCUGACCUAUGACCUGCAGAAUGGUGGAGUGAGUGGAUGGGGCAACGCCUGGUGGUGGGGGUGUUGGUGUGCGUGUACCUUGCUGGGAGUGUUGCUAGUCCGCCUCCUGCUGUCCACCCUGCUUCUCUACCUCACCCUACCACCCAUUGAGAUCACCGACAAGCAACGCCAACUCUUGAACAUCACACAGGAUGACUUUGGAUUCAAGUCAGCAGCACCUCAGCAAGCCAGUUCAACUCCUGUAGCAGAGCAGAAAGUUCCUCUCUCCUCUCUCUUCUCGGCUACUGUUCGCACGCCAUCCCCUGCCCCUCCCCUCUCCCCCAUCAACCUCUCCACAGCCUCCUGGUCCAGCCUCUCCCCCCAGUCCCCUCUCACAGGCCCCACCUCACACAAUAGUAGCUUGGGUCUGAGUGCCAGUUUACUCAGCAGUGGCACAGCUGGCUCUGUCACGGCCGACUCCUGGUCCUUCCAUCGCAACCAGUCCUCUCUGCUCAACCUUUCGUACCCCAUAAUGCCGGGUGGACAGACACAGCCACAGCACCACUCACAGCUGUUCCCCUCCCCCACGCUGUCUGAUUCCUUCCUCAGCCAGCCGCUCCCAAUGUCCACAACCUCCCCAUCCUCCCCCAACACCUCGACUGGCCCUGCUAUCACCGACGAGGCUUCCCUACAGUCUUACUUUCAGCACUGCAGGGAGAAGGAGAAACUGAGGCAGAUAAUGUACCAGUGUGAGGGCAGCAGUUCCUCUAUCUGGGGGUAUGGAGGCUCUCCCCGUUCCUCCCUCACUGACUACGGGGCCUCCCUGCGCAAGACCGUGUACAAGCAGGCCACACGUGACACAGGACAGGAGACUAACUCAGCGGACAGCAAGAAUGACGACUCCAAGACCUUAUCCUCCUCCAGCAGCAGCGUUAGCAAGAUCUGGCGCAAGAGGAACGUAACGCCUGAACAGCUGUUUAAAUUUACAGAGAACCUUCGUAUUUGGAUGUCGGCCACUCUGCUGGUGCCUCUGGUGCAGAAUAUCGAUGCCACAAACAAGGUCCUUCGUGGCGUGGCUCCAGAGAUACAGAUUGGAGCAGUGGGCGUCGAUAAGCUGAAGAAAACGGCACAGAACAUCUCAGGACUCAAGCAGUUGGCUGAUGUGGUGCCGUUUCUGGAGGUGACAGUGCAUCAGGAUUACUUGUUGCAUCGCCUCCGUGAGUUGGCAACUGGUGGAGCUAUCUCGGCCUAUCGCUGGAAUGGGGGAAGUACGACAUUUAACAGCCGGCCGUGGAAGGAAGAAUAUCCUACUGACACUGCUAUCCUCCUGCACCUGUUUGCCAUGUAUCUGGACCAGCAGCUCCCCCCAGACAUCGCCCAGCCAGAGGGACGCAUGUUUUCUAGUACUCAUGUUAUUAAGGCCCCAGAGAAACCCCCGAAGACAACCAACAGGCCUCUUCUCUAUCUUAGCCAGGUCAUGCCGCCACACGUGAAGGUCGUUCUGCCACCAGAGGAGGAGUGUGACGUGGGCAGUGGGCGGAACAACCUCACACAUGCCCUUCUGCUCUUCAUUCAUCACGUCAUUCACUGCCAGCACUCUCGCAUCGCCAACAUCAACCUGUCCAUGUCUGGGGUCAACCUGUCCUGGGUCAUUGCUGCAGAUAAGGCCAAAACUGCUAUUUUGUGAUGACCCACUGUGAUCUGAUGUGACCUCUGUAUGGCUGAGUGGUUGUAGAUUGACCUGAGUUGACCUGGAUCGAUUGAUUUGUGGGUUUUUAAAAGUUUCAGUGGUGGUUGAUUGGAAGUACUGUUGUGAUAUUUGAUUGUUUGAAUAUCAGUCUCUCUUGCUUACUCUCUUUCUUUCUUUCUUUCUUUCUUUCUUUCUUUCAUUCUCUCUCUCUCUCUCUCUCUCUCUCUCUCUCUCUCUCUCUCUCUCUCUCUCUCUCUCUCUCUCUCUCUCUCUCUCUCUCUCUCUCUCUCAUCAUGAUUUCUUUAACACAGCUUUGAUUUUAAGUCAAAGAAGUGUGUGUAUGUGUGUCUGAGGCUUGCCUAAUCUCACACACACACACACACACACACACACACACACUGAUAGUUUUAUAUAUAUCUAAGUACAUUUUCUCUUGGUUUAGUUCUGCCUAGCAAGUGUGUGGAUGUCAGUGUGUGCCAGUAUUAGUGCCAAGAUAUUGAGUGUUUUGACAAGUGUGCGGACUGACAGACUGACCAGUGUUUCCAGACAGACUCUUGUGGGUGAUUGCUUAAGUAUUUGCUUUCUUAAUGUUGAGAAUGUGAACUGUCAUCAUCGAGUCAUCGGAUAACAUGAUGUGGUAACUUUUAAGUCUACUUUCAGCGCUAUUUAUUGUAUCUCAUGUCAUCAUAGUGUAAGAAUGUGAGACCAUUUUAUUUUUACGUGUCAUUAACGAAAAAAAAACUUGUUUAUUUGUAGCAUUAAGAUAAAGAGUCUCUGGUGUUUGUGACAGGCAACAAGUGACUUACGUAUAAAGAUUGCUCACCUAAUAAA